CUCGCCGUUGCCCUAAUUCCCUUCUAGCCCUCGCCUGCAACCAUCUAUAAAAACGGCCUCCGAAACUCGCUAGGUUUGCCAAACCAACUCCCCAAGGGGGUCCUUUGAGGAAGAAGAAAAACAAAUCCCUCUUUCCUUUUCCUUCUCUGUCCCCACCUUCUCUCCGUCUUCUUCUCCUACUAUCAAUGGCUACAUCUUCGAGAACCAAAUCAAGCGGACCGGUGCUCCGCUCGGUCUCGCCUUCGAGCAGAUUUUGCUCAUAUUCCACGUCUAACUCACGUUUUUCUUCCCCUUCAUCGGCUUUUGCUUCGUCUUCUAGCUCUAGCUUUUCAUCCCCAUCUUCCACCUUUUUCAGUCAAGCCCAUCGUCAUAAGCAUCACGCCCAAAAUCGAUCGGCUUCUCCUACUCGGGUCAAUCUUUAUACGCCUUCCUCUCCGUCGCCCGCUGUUCGAUUCUCAAUUGAUCAUCGUUCCAUCUCUCCCAACCGAUCUUUCUCCAGUCACGUCAUCUCUAAGAAGAAUAACCCCAUCUCGGCCCAGAAGAAAACCUGCAUGUGCUCGCCGACAACCCAUCCCGGUUCGUUUCGAUGCAGUCUUCACAAGAGCAUCGCCAGCAAUAGUGGGAACCAUCACGCGGAUUCGUACCCGUCUAAUCGGCUAAAUAUGCGCCGAUCAGCGAUGAAGAACUCUCUUGUGAGAAUUGGAGGCGUGGAAGGCGAGUGGGUCAAAAGGGCGCUGACCGCUCUGAUCCGGCCUUCAUCACAUCAGCAGAGGAGGAGAGCGGCGUUUGAGCCCCGACCGAGUCGCCUCUCAAUAAUGUCCAAGGCUGAGGAUCUCUGAUUCUUUUUCUUCACAGGUUCUUCCUUGUCUUGCCAGGGCUGUGGUAUUUUCUGGCUUCGCGAUACGCGAUCUGAGCCAGGAUGUGGCGAGGCUUUUAGAUCGCGAGGGCUUGUUGCGUGUCAUCUCCGGCGAGUUUUGAUUGCGUCGUCUGGAGUCGUUGUGGGUCAAUAGGCGUGAAGUGUAGCACACCAGUGGUGACGGGAGCCGAUGUAGGAUUGUCACAGAGAACCAUGAAAGAUUCCGGCACGGAUCUAUGAGACUGGAUCCGGAGAAUUCCUUAUUGUACAUGCCAUUUGCUAAGGAAGGAGAGUUUGGGUCUUGGGGACAUUACUUUUCACCGAAAAAAUUAAAUCUCAAUACAUCAAAUUACGUCA